CACUGGAGCGCGUACGCACAGAUUGGCGCAGACGCGCUCUCAGUAAAAAUGCAGACAUGAUGGUCAUCAAGGCGCUAGUCAUCAUAUAUGGAGAGAAAACAAUGAAGCGAACAUGAGAAGGACUGAUGGCUUCUCCAAAAGUGAGCACUCUCUUGAAGCCCAAAGCAGGCGCAGACCUCUGACUGAGAUGCUCCAUUUGUUGUCCGCUGUCAUUGUGUGGCUGGUGACCGGGAGCACUAUCUCCAGCCUCAACAAAUGGAUCUUUGCUGUGUACAACUUCAGGUACCCCCUGCUCCUCUCAGCGCUGCACAUGCUAACAGCCAUAGUGGUGGACUAUGUACUGAUCAAACUGAGAAUAAUCCACCACAGAAGAGCAGGGGAACAGGAACUGACUACAAACGCCAAAUGCAAGGUAUUCCUCUUGAGUUUAACUUUCUGUGCUAGCAUCGCCUUUGGAAACAUGGGUCUGACGUACGUCCAGCUCUCCUUUGCACAAAUGAUUUACACUACCACUCCUCUGUUCACCCUGGCUAUAUCCACCUUUAUACUGGGGAAACAGCACCAUAUCAUCAAGUACACUGCUAUGAUGCCCAUCUGCCUGGGAGCUUCAUUCAGCAUUAUGGGAGAGGUCCAGUUUGACCAGACUGGAUGCAUUUUUGUGUUUGCAGCGACCAUGUUACGAGGUGUCAAGUCAAUUCAGCAGAGCAUCUUGCUUCAAGAGGAGAAGAUCAACUCCAUGUUCUUGCUCUAUCUUAUGGCCAUACCCAGCUUUUGCAUUCUGGCAGUGGCUGCUCUGGCUCUGGAGAACUGGGCGCUGCUAGAGUCACCUUUGCACUAUGACAAACACUUGUGGAUGUUCAUCCUCCUGAGCUGCAUGGGCUCAGUGCUGUACAAUCUGGCCAGUAACUGUGUCAUCACUCUCACCUCUGCUGUCACUCUGCACGUUCUGGGGAACCUCAAUGUGGUGGGGAACCUACUGCUGUCCCAGCUGCUGUUUGGCUGUGAGCUGUCUGCCCUGAGCUGUGUGGGCGCAGUGCUCACCCUGUCAGGCAUGCUCAUCUAUCAGAACUCUGAAUUUAUCAUAAGAUACCUGGAUGCUCGCGGUGCCAAAGAGAAAGCAUCUGGACCCAUUCUCUUCAACCCUCUCCACACUGAGGACAACACCAGUAUUACAGAGUCCAUGUAUAACCAGCAGAGGAUAGAGGGUAAACUGCAAGAGAAAGUAGACUGAUGCUAAAAAUAAAGAGAAUAAAUAUGAACUAUGAAGAAACAACUGCAAACAGUCCUGAGAUAAUAUCCUUACUUGUGUUCAGUUCUUAUAUUCUAAAAUUUUUGUUCUGCAUUCAUAUGAUUUUGGAUUCAACAGUCAUCAUUUUAAUACUUUGAGAAAAAAAAACUCAAGAGAUUAUAAUUGCUUUUACAAUUUGAUGUCAAUUGUAAAAGUGACAUUGGCGAAAAAAUAUGGUGUUACAGUUAGUGUUAAUGUGUUAAAUAUUUGACUCUUAUUUGUGUGAAAGGUUUGCACAAUCCAAGCAGCAUGUGAAUGCAGCUUUAUCUGUCAUUUCAGACUAUCAGAUUCAAAUUAUGUUUAUAAAGAAACGGUUGCCUUGAUUAGUUUCAAAAUAAUCUCUCCUUACUCAUGAUCAAUACAUUGUUAAUACAAUGCUAUUUGCAUACAUUGGUACACUAAAACUGUCUGAAACCUUAAAGGUUAUUCAUCUUGACACUACCCCACUGUGAAAGUUUUCUGAGGGCUCUGAUUUUUUUUACAUGGAUUAUUAAAGCAGCAGAUAGAGAGUGGGCACAGAUAGCAUUGAACUCAUCAUCAUGGGCACAAUAUGAAUCCGAGACUAAUGAAUAUAUCCUUUGUGUGUCAAAACACUGUUACCUGAUGGAGAGAGGCUCUUCUCUAAUCACCUCUUGGCAGCUUUUACUUUUAGUGUGAAGGGCAAAUCUUGUUUCAUAUAGUUUCUGUUGUCAUUUUAUCCCUGUACCAGAACUUGAGGUAAGAAAGUGAAAUUUGUUCAACUAAAGCACACAUGACAGUAUUCUGUGAUCUGUAAAUGGUCCUGAGCUAAUAAUCUAAGUUAGAUUCCCCAAAUUAGGCCUACAUUCUGUUCAGCCAGUCUCCCAUCAGGUCACUAUGGAAUAACUCCAAUUACUUUUUACAGCUGCAACUGUGCCAUCUUAAUUUGAUUCAUGAAUCUCUAAGGAGUAACACCCCCCUAUGGAGGUGCUGCUACAGAAAAACAUUUGCUAUUUUAAGAUAUUGUUUUCGUCUCCUUUUUUAGUUAACUUGAGACUUCUGACAUUUAAAAUACAUUUGUUUUACUUUACAUCAAACCACUGUUUAUUUUUGUACUAGACGUAUGGACAUUAAAACCCAUCCAAGUGACCUACUUUCUCUCAUGACAUUUCUAAAUUUAGAAAAGAAACACUAGUGUUGGUUUGUCAGUAUUUCUGAAUUGCAUUGCUUUUCUUUACACUAAUAUUUAUUUUGUAUUAUUUAGUUUUGACUGUGUGGCUUGCUACUGCUGUAGAUGACGGGUAUGAAAGGUUUUGCACAUGAUGUAUGUUUUUUAAUAGCACACAUCUAUUUCAGUGAGGUCAGGGUGGUGCAGACACUGACCCGAGUGUCCUCAAUGUCCCUUAUGUGUGAAUGGUAUGCCAAAUAUUUACCUAGAGAGCAUCUUGGUCACAACACAAAGCCAUACAGCACAGUUUUAAACAUUUUUACUUGUUCAACAGUGCCAAUCAUAUUUACAAUUUAAGACAUGUUUCAUAAAGCUUGAUGGCUAAAUGUGAGGGCUUUGAAUGUUUUUUGUUUUUUUAAUUAUUAUUAUUUUAUUUUAAUUUCCUGUGUAAGAUCAUGUUUAUGUCAUGAGAAAAUAAUACCUCAUUUGUUUUGCCUUUUAUUGAAAGACAGAGUUAGAAAAAGCAGCUUUGACCAACCAAAACAAAGAAUUUGUUCUCAGUCAAAGCUGCUUGUUCUUUUCAGUUUGUAAAUGCCAAGUUGGUUUGGAGUGACCGGUAUAGCAGCUGUUGCACUAAAAAUGUACAACAACAAUGCCUCCAGAGCUGGUAUUCCUUGUACUUGCUGGUUUGUUUUAUUUGUUGUUUGAUGUAAUUAAUUAUUUUAAAAUAUUUAUGUAUUUUGAAGCUGAAGGGGGUCUAAACUGAGGCAUUUGCCUCAUGCCUUACUGUAUGUGAACUUCCUGUAUGAAGAAAGAGUUAUGCUUUUUUCUGUUAAAUUGUGGUUACAAGUUUGGAUCAAAAAGUGUCGCUAUGAAUUGUAAGACUGACAGAAAAACUUAGGUUGGGUCAAUUCAAAAUAUAUAUACAAUUUAACAACACUACUGUCUCGUGAACAUUUUUUGUAUGCACAAUUUACUGAAACUGUUCAGAUUCAAAACUCUAGACCAAUAUAUUGUGAUCCAUCAUUUAAACUAGCGAACUAAAAUGUCACUGGUCUAAGUUGAUCUAACUUAAAAAUGCG